UUCUAGAUUUGUAGAUAGUUUUGAUAUUAAAAAUAUGAAAUCCUUAAUUAUUUUAGUUGCUUGUGCUUUAUUCUGUUCCUGUAAUGGACAGAUGGAAGUAUCCUUCAUCACAUCCUGUACCCAAGAGGACCGACGAUGCCUGAAGUCCUCAGCUCAGAGGGCGGUGCCUGUCAUAGCGGCUGGGGUCCCGCAACUGAGCAUGAAACCCUUGGACCCGAUGCAGCUGCCCAGGAUCCUGGCCAACCAGGCCGGGCUGAAGAUGGACUUUAGAAACAGCGUGGUUAAGGGCCUGAGGAACUGCCUCGUUGAGGAUAUUGUACGGCACGGCGAUGCGAUGAGUAUCACGAUGAAAUGUUCAGCAACCGUGGUGGGGGACUACUCGCUGGAUGGGCGGCUGCUGGUAAUGCCGAUCAAGGGAGAGGGCCGCUACAAGAUUAAGAUUCGUGACAUCGUUGUGAAGUUCUCAUUCGAGAUGGGUCACCGCGAGUCCGGGGGAGAGAAGUACUGGACCUUCGAGACGUGGCGCUACACCAGCCGCGUGGACAACAACGUCAACUUCCAGUUCCAAAACCUCUUCAACGGGAACAAGGAGCUAUCGGACUCGGUCCACCAGUUCGCCAACGGGAACUGGCGCGACAUCUUCAAGGAGCUGUCUCCCCCCAUCCUUGACGCCGUCAUGAAGGAGAUCGUCACGGAGGUCAGGAAGCUCUUCAACAACGUGCCUAUGCGCAAGCUGGCUUUGGACUAGACCUGGAAGAGAGACAGCUGGAAGU